AUGUCUCAACAUUCGGAUCAUUCUCGAAGAGCUUAUUCUCAAGGCGAAAAUGACUAUCAGUCAGAAGAUACUGCUGCUGAUGUUUUUGAAGAGAACGUUGAUUUAGCCGGAGAUGGAGAUGGUGAUGCUUUAGCUGAGUUGUUCGGUGCUGAAGAAGAGGAAAUACAGGACGAAGAAGAAGGAGAAAAUCUUUUCGGUGACAAUUUGGAGCGAGAUUAUCGUCCACAGCCAGAGCUGGAUGUUUACUCACAAUCGGGCAUGGAUGAUGCAUCAGAAUAUACGGAGUUGACGGAGGGAGCACGCCGUGCAGCUGAACGCGAGAUGGAUGAGCGGGAUAACUUGCUGGAUGAAGAUGCUUUACUUUAUGAGCAGGAUGACGUAGAUGUUGGACGACAUGUACACCGCUAUUUUCGGAAAGAUCGAGUUGAUGAUAAUGAAAUGGAAGUUGAAGAGGAAGAAGAAAUUCCUAUCGAUAUUUUAGAAAACUUCCGAGGAAGAUCGACACGUGAGCAUGUUUCAGAUGAAGCAGUGGGACGAGAAAUAGUAAGGCGCUUUAAAAGUUUUGUUCGUGGAUAUAAGGACGCGAAGACCAAGAAACUAAAGUAUUUAGAUGCAAUAAAAUUAAUGGUAGCAGAAAAUCGUGAGUCGCUAGAAAUCGACUAUGAAGAUUUGGCAAGUGAAAAUGGCGAGCAAAAUAUUUGUUACUUCUUGCCAGAAGCACCCAUACAAGUGCUGAGUUAUCUUGAUCGUGCAGUGACCGAGGUCACACUUUCGUUAUUUCCGUUCUUCCCUCGUAUUGCUCCGGAAGUUAAGAUACGUAUACGGGGGCUUCCUGUUGAAGAGGAUAUACGAAUGUUACGUCAAUUACAUCUGAAUAUGUUGAUCAGAACAUCUGGUGUUGUAACGGUUACCACAGGAAUGCUACCGCGAUUAUCUGUCGUCAAAUUUGACUGCGGAGCAUGUGGUUACCUUCUUGGUCCAUUUGUACAGCAUCAAGAUGAAGAAGUCAAACCUACUAUGUGUCCAUCUUGUCAAAGCCGUGGGCCAUUUGAGCUAAACAUGGAGAAUACCAUUUACCAUAAUUAUCAACGAAUAACUAUCCAAGAAAGUCCAAAUAGUGUUGCUGCUGGGAGAUUGCCUAGAAGCAAAGAUGUUGUGCUUACGGCUGAUUUGUGUGAUGCAUGCAAACCGGGUGAUGAAGUCGAAUUGACUGGCAUUUAUACGAACAAUUAUGAUGGAUCAAUGAACAGCAAGCAAGGUUUCCCUGUUUUCAAUACCGUAAUAUAUGCAAACUACAUAUCAAGAAAAGAUAAAAUUGCCUCUGACAGUCUUACUGAUGAAGAUAUUCAGAUUAUUCGGCAAUUAUCAAAGGACCCACAGAUAGCGGAAAGAAUAUUUGCUAGCAUCGCUCCGUCGAUUUAUGGUCAUGAUGAUAUCAAGCGAGCCAUUGCACUGGCACUUUUUAGAGGGGAGCAGAAGAAUCCUGGUGAAAAGCACAGUAUUCGAGGUGAUAUCAACGUUUUAUUAUGUGGUGAUCCUGGUACAGCAAAAUCUCAAUUUCUACGCUAUGCUGCUCAUGCUGCGCCUCGAGCAGUUCUUACUACCGGUCAAGGGGCUUCGGCUGUGGGUCUUACUGCAUAUGUGCAACGUCAUCCAAUAACACGAGAAUGGACACUUGAAGCAGGUGCAAUGGUACUUGCAGAUAAAGGAGUUUGUCUUAUUGACGAAUUUGACAAAAUGAAUGAUCAGGAUCGUACUUCGAUUCAUGAAGCGAUGGAACAGCAAUCAAUAUCUAUAUCUAAAGCUGGCAUUGUUACAUCCCUACAUGCACGUUGCACCGUAAUCGCUGCUGCGAACCCAAUUGGUGGUCGCUAUGAUCCCUCUCGUACUUUUGCUGAAAAUGUUGAUCUUACCGAACCGAUUCUCAGUAGAUUCGAUGUGCUGUGUGUAGUACGAGAUACGGUAGACCUAGUAGAAGAUGAACGACUUGCUAAUUUUGUUGUGGACAGUCACCGAAAGCAUCAUCCAAAUGCAAAAGAACUGCAGGAAAAAGAAACAAGACCAGGAAAUUCGCAACAGACAUCUGCAAGUUGUUUCAUUUUCAAUGCUAUUAUUUAUUUUUUGAGACAUUCACAACCAGAAAAGGAUCCAGCCACUGGUUUAGAGUUGAUACCACAAACAAUGCUGAGGAAAUAUUUGAUGUAUGCUCGGGAAAAUAUACAUCCAAAAUUAGAACAAUUGCCGCAGGAUAAAAUUUCGAAAUUUUUUGCUGAAAUGCGAAAAGAAUCUUUGGCAACGGGAUCGGUUGCUGUAACGGUGCGUCAUGUAGAAUCGUUAAUUCGUCUGGCCGAAGCUCAUGCUAAAAUGCAUCUUCGUUCUUAUGUGUGCGAUGAGGAUGUUGAUGUAGCUGUGCGAGUAAUACUUGAAUCAUUUAUUAACACACAAAAAGCAUCCGUUAUGCGACAAAUGCGAAAGAACUUCGAUAGAUACAUCUUUGUCAAUCGCGAUCACAAUGAAUUAUUGUUGUAUCUCUUGAAACAAUUAGUUAAAGACCAAUUGCAUUAUGAACGAGCGCGACAUAAAGAAACAGCUCUGUCAGCUAUUGGUAUUCCUGAAUCUGAUUUUAUUGAAAAAGCACAACAAGUUCACAUUGAGAAUGUGAAGAAUUUUUAUAGAAGUCAACAUUUUCUCACAAAUAAUUUUAUAUAUGAUUCCAAGCGAAAACUAAUUGUGCACAAUUUAUAA